AUGCUAAAUCUACUGAUUGCUAAUAUUUCGAUAGGCGAUUACGACCAAACUGGUGAUUUGAAGAAAAAAUACCGUACUGUCCUUAAACCUGGCAAAAAGUAUCUUCUCAGACUGAUCAAUACGUCGGUUGCCACGACAUUCGUCUUUUCUAUUGACGGCCAUAAAUUUCAAGUUGCUGGGUCAGACUUUGUUCCAAUUGAGCCUUAUGUGACUGACCACAUCGCUGUUGGAAUUGGCCAGCGCUAUCACAUUAUCCUUGAAGGGCUAUCUGAAGAGGAGGCAAAGAAGAAUGGAAGAUAUUGGGUUAGAACCACUCCCGCCAAUGGAUGUUCAAAAUUUGCCCCGGGCAGAGGCACUGAUGACCGAACUGGCGUUAUUUAUUACAACAAAGACGAUGGAGUAUCUCCAACCACCGAAAUAGGGGCUUUCUCCUUAGACUGCCGUGACGAGCCACCAGAAAAGUUAGUACCUAAAGUGAAAUGGACCGUCCCGGACCCAGGCCUCAAUAUGGUCGGUGCCUUCGAGAAACCUGCCGAUGUACAACUGGGCAAAUGGCAUCGCCCUGGAUAUCCUGACACAGAUAACCUGGUCUCUAACUGGGAGUUUGGACCAUCCCCAAUGUGGAUUAAUUACUCCGAGCCUAUUAUCAAGAACCUCGACAAGGAGAGCUUCCCUUCAACAUGGGUAGUAUAUCCAGCGGACGAUUAUGUCAACGAUAAGUGGGUUUAUCUCGUCAUCACAGGGAAGAAAUUAAAACCACUUAGCUCCCAAGUGGCUGUCGCCCAUCCCAUUCACUUGCAUGGCCAUGACUUCGUGCUUCUACAGCAAUCUAUGGAACCUUGGGACUCUACGAAGGUCAACCUCAAACUUGACAAUCCUCCGCGCCGAGACGUUACUUUAUUACCUGCUGGUGGGUUCAUUGUCAUCGCUUUUAAGCCAGACAACCCGGGCUCAUGGCUGCUACAUUGCCAUAUUGCAUGGCAUGCGUCUGCAGGACUGGCGCUUCAGGUUCUUGAACGCAAAGAGGACUUGAAGGCUUUGACAUUAAAUAAUCCCGAUUUCGACUUCAUGCAAGAAAACUGCCGAAGAUGGGAUGCUUGGCACUCAGAUAAAACCAAUUAUUGGAACCCAAGUGGUCACUUUCAGGACGAUUCUGGAGUUUGA